AAUCCCCCACAAAACCCAUCUUUUUAUCUCCACUUUCUAACCCUCCACGUUCUUUGCCAGUCCCAUCUUCAUCUUUUGAGAUAUCCAUCUUCAUGAUUAAAGCCCAUCUUUUGCUAGCUUUUGUAGAUUCAAUUGCUUAUCUCUUUAAAGACUCAGUCUUUCAAGGUCACUGAGUUUGUUCAUUGGUUGUACAAAUAGCCUUAAAUCAGUGAAGAAAAUUUUGAAAGACUACAAGAGAAGACUGUGUUUGAAGGUACCAUUUGUUGAAUCCUGAAGGAGAUUUGGUUUGAAGAAUUGUUUGUGCUUCAUAUAUCAGUUUCAGUGGGGAUUUGGUCAUCAUGCCUAUAAGGCAGAUGAAAGAUAGCUCAGAACAACAUUUUGUAAUCAAACCUCAGUUACAGAACUCCAUGAGCACAGUUCAUCAGAAGCACUCCAGAACUGCUCAAAAUGGCAAAGGCCCACAAACCCCAGAACCUCAGAACCAAGAAGUCCUUAACCAGACCUCACCUCCAUCAAAAUCCAGAAGGAGAAGAGGAAAAGGCGGUCGAAAAUCGGAUCAAGCAGAGGUUUUUACGCGGCCAAGUUCAAGGCCUUGCACUGAGGCUAAUAAGCCAGUCUUGGUUCAGCCCAUAAGAGCAAUUCUAGCAGAUAUACCAAAUGGGUGUGUUGAGAAUGUGGGAAACUUGUGUGUUGUUGAAAGGGAUUUUCCUUCAUCGGGCAAGUCUUUAAGUUUUGCUCCUAGGCCUGGUUAUGGGCAACUUGGGACCAAAUGUAUUGUAAAAGCCAACCAUUUCUUUACAGAGUUACCAAACAAGGACUUGAUCCAAUAUGAUGUUGCUAUAACUCCUGAAGUGGCAUCAAGAACAGUGAACAGGGCUAUCAUGGCAGAGCUGGUGAAAAUGUAUAAGGAGUCUGACUUGGGGAUGAGAUUACCUGCUUAUGAUGGCAGAAAGAGUCUGUACACAGCUGGUGAGCUUCCUUUUGCUUGGAAGGAGUUCACUAUUAAACUUGUAGAUGAAGAGUAUGGAAUCAAUGGUCCCAAAAGGGUAAGGGAGUACAAAGUGGUCAUCAAAUUUGUGGCACGGGCGAAUAUGCAUCAUUUGGGCCAAUUUCUGGCUGGUAACCGUGUGGAUGCUCCUCAGGAAGCUCUUCAGAUUCUUGACAUUGUGUUGAGAGAGCUCUCAACGCAGAGGUACUGCCCGGUUGGGAGAUCCUUCUUUUCUCCUAAUAUCCGUAAACCACAACGACUCGGUGAUGGCUUAGAGGCAUGGUGCGGAUUCUACCAGAGUAUAAGACCUACUCAGAUGGGCUUGUCCCUUAAUAUUGAUAUGGCUUCCGCAGCAUUUAUUGAGGCUCUACCUGUGAUGGAGUUUGUCGCCCAGCUUCUUGGCAAAGAUGUGUUAUCAAGGCCUUUGUCUGAUUCUGACCGUGUAAAGAUCAAGAAGGCCCUCAGAGGUGUUAAAGUCGAAGUAACACACAGGGGUAAUGUACGAAGAAAGUAUCGAGUUUCAGGAUUAACAUCUCAACCGACAAGAGAACUAGUGUUUCCUGUGGAUGACAACUCAACCAUGAAGUCAGUUGUCGAAUACUUUCAAGAAAUGUAUGGCUUCACGAUUCAGCAUACUCAUCUGCCUUGUCUUCAAGUAGGAAACCAGAGGAAGGCAAACUAUUUACCAAUGGAGGCCUGCAAGAUUGUAGAGGGGCAAAGAUAUACAAAAAGGUUGAGCGAGAAGCAAAUUACUGCUCUGUUGAAAGUUACGUGCCAAAGACCCAGGGAUCGAGAAAACGAUAUUGUGCAGACGGUUCAACACAAUGCAUAUGACCAAGACCCAUAUGCGAAGGAGUUUGGCAUCAAAAUCAGCGAAAAGCUAGUUUCUUUAGAGGCACGAGUUCUUCCUGCUCCUUGGCUCAAGUAUCAUGAAACUGGGAAGGAAAAGGAUUGUUUGCCCCAAGUUGGUCAGUGGAAUAUGAUGAACAAGAAAGUGAUUAAUGGGAUGACUGUUAGCCGGUGGGCGUGUAUUAACUUCUCACGGAGCGUGCAAGAGAAUGUUGCUCGUGGAUUUUGUAAUGAACUGGCUCAAAUGUGUCAAGUGUCUGGCAUGGAAUUUAAUCCAGAACCUGUGAUUCCAAUCUAUACGGCCAGGCCUGAGCAAGUAGAGAAAGCUUUGAAGCAUGUUUAUUAUGCAUGUAUGAACAAACUAAAAGGAAAAGAGUUAGAGCUUCUGUUAGCUAUCUUACCUGACAACAAUGGGUCACUGUAUGGCGAUCUAAAGAGAAUAUGUGAAACUGAUCUGGGCUUGAUAUCCCAAUGCUGUCUUACAAAACAUGUCUUCAAGAUUAGCAAGCAAUAUCUGGCUAACGUGUCCUUGAAGAUCAAUGUUAAGAUGGGUGGCAGAAACACUGUUCUUUUGGAUGCUAUUAGCUGCAGAAUACCAUUAGUUAGCGACAUACCAACCAUCAUAUUUGGAGCAGAUGUGACUCAUCCAGAGAAUGGAGAAGACUCUAGUCCCUCGAUAGCUGCUGUAGUAGCUUCUCAGGAUUGGCCUGAAGUAACAAAGUAUGCAGGAUUGGUUUGUGCUCAAGCUCAUCGACAGGAACUCAUACAAGACUUGUACAAAACGUGGCAUGAUCCUAGUCGUGGCACAGUAAGUGGGGGCAUGAUCAGGGAUCUUCUUGUUUCAUUCCGAAAGGCAACUGGGCAAAAGCCACAGAGGAUUAUAUUUUACAGGGAUGGUGUGAGUGAAGGGCAAUUUUAUCAAGUCCUACUUUAUGAAUUAGAUGCAAUUCGCAAGGCUUGUGCCUCUUUAGAACCCAACUAUCAACCUCCCGUCACUUUUAUUGUGGUACAAAAACGACAUCACACCCGAUUAUUUGCCAACAACCAUAGGGACCGGAGCAGCACGGACAAAAGUGGAAACAUAUUGCCUGGCACGGUAGUUGAUUCUAAAAUCUGUCAUCCAACAGAGUUCGAUUUUUAUCUUUGCAGCCAUGCUGGUAUUCAGGGGACAUCUCGGCCAGCUCACUACCAUGUUCUAUGGGAUGAGAACAAUUUUACAGCAGAUGGAAUUCAGUCAUUGACAAACAAUCUCUGCUACACAUAUGCAAGGUGCACGCGAUCAGUUUCUGUUGUUCCUCCUGCAUAUUAUGCACAUUUAGCUGCAUUUCGAGCCCGAUUCUACACAGAACCAGAUAUGCAAGAGAAUGGCUGUGGUGUAGGUCAAGUUGCCAAGGGCACACGAGCGGCUAGAGAGUCUAGUGUGCGGCCAUUGCCAGCCCUCAAGGAGAAUGUGAAGAGAGUAAUGUUCUAUUGUUAGGAGAGAGAGAGAGAGAG